GCAGGCUGCAAUUUGAGCUGUCUGCUUCAGGAAUGCAGUGGUUAAUGGCUGUACAGAAGAGCUAGGAAGUCAGCAAAUUUAAAUGACCAAUUUUGAUCAAGUAAAGAACACCCCUGUACGUUUUGGAAUAAAAUGGAUAACUCUUUUGUGGAAGAAGUGGCUGCAUCUUUGGUUAGAGAAUUUCUCAGCAGAAAGGGUUUAAAAAAGACAAGUGCCAUUAUGGACAGAGAAUUUCCUCGUACUGCACUUAGCAUCAACAAUAGAAAUGAACUGCGAAAUGUUUUGCAUUUACAAUCUUUGUACAAACAAAACAAGGCAAAGGAGAAUCCACUGAAAACAAUUCUUGAAGUUAUCACCAACUAUUUUCUUGAACAUUUUGGGACCACCAGAUGCAUCAAAAGUCCUGCAGGUUCAGUUCUACAAGCUAAGAGCUCACAGUUUAGGUAUAUAGAAACAUCAUCAGUUAAUGACUACUCAGAUGAAGACAUGCAUGGCAGAACAGUGUCUGAUGCAAGUAAAACUGAGGUUUACAGAUAUGACAUUGAUGUUCCACUAUAUAAAGAGAGACAUCAACAUAAAAGUGAGAAAUCCAAGACUGUGGUAGUACCCAAUAGUGGCUCAUCCUCUGAAGGAGAUAAAAAGUCAAAAAAUAGCAGAGAUGAUUUGAAAAUAACAGAAACUUCUGAGGAGAUGAAGACCACAAUGAAAGAGAAGCAAAGGUCCAGGUCUGGUCUCAUUGUCAGAGGAAUGAUGGCUGGACCCACUGCAAGUUCACAAGAGGAUUCAGUAAAAAGGAGGCUUCUGAAACGAUCCUCUGGCAUAAAUAGCACAAUGCAAUUCAAAGAGGAAGAUCAUCAGAAAAAUUCUUCAGAGGUGACAACUAAUGAUUUUCAAGAGAUUAAAGGAAUUUCCACAGAGUCCAUGAGUUACCUUUCAUCACAUAAUGCCAGUGGUCUGAAAGUAGGUACGGAAUUUUCAUCAAAGAUUUCAUCAAACUCAUACACAACUUUAGUCAGUGAGAAGCUAAGACAUUCGCCCAAAGAUACAGCUGAUCCACUUGCCAAACUCUUAUCAGAAAGAGAAAGAACCAAAGUUGAAGAAAGGAAAUCAGUGGCAAGCUUUGAUAUAGACACCAGUGAAAAAACCCUCAAAUUAAGUGUUCUUCACAGACAUUCAGAAGCUGGAAGAGAAAAGAGAGAAAGAUCUCCCAAAAACAAUGAGAAUCAGUUAUCAGGUCGCAGAAAGACUCCAUCAUCUAUAUCCUAUAAAAGUGACCAGAUGAAAGAUGUCCUAGAAGUAGUUGAUUUCGAUGAUGAAGCAACGACUGGGGAAGUUAGUAGGAUCCCAGAACUUUCAACGCUGUAUACACUUGAAAUAGUAUCAAAGGCAAUUGAUAUUUCCCUAGCAAAAGAAAUAAAAAAUCUUUUGUUUGGCUCAAGCCUUUGUUGCUUCAGUGAAGAAUGGAAAAUACAGAACUUUACAUUUAACAGUAUACCACAGCUAAAAUACGGCAUCGUUCAAAAAAAGGGCGGUCCAUGUGGAGUAUUGGCUGCAGUUCAAGCCUGUGUCCUGCAACAACUUCUCUUUGGAGACAGUCACAGAAAUAGCGAUGUGCGGUGUCUGCAACCUUCAGACGCUCACAGGACCAAAUGCCUCACCCUGGCUAUUGCAGAUAUUUUAUGGCGUGCAGGGGGCAAUGAAAAAGCUGUGGUUGCACUGUCUUCAGGAAGGCAGCAGUUCACUCCAGCAGGAAAAUACAAAGCGGAUGGAAUCUUCGAAACACUAAUACUACAUAGUGUCACAAAAUGUGAAGAUCUGACCAUUUUUCUUCAGCAGAAUAUUCAUCAGUUUGAAACUGGUCCAUUUGGGUGCAUUCUUCUUACCCUGUCGGUUAUCUUUACAAGAUCUAUCGAUCUGGUGCGCAAUGAUUUUGAUGUGUCCACAAACCGACUGAUUGGCACCCACGGAUACUGCACACAAGAACUUGUGAACUUGCUGCUGACUGGUAAGGCUGUGUCCAAUGUGUUCAAUGAUGUAAUAGAGCUGGACUCUGGAAAUGGAAAUAUCACAAUUUUGAAAGGAAUCAUUAACCGCAGUGAUAUCGGCUUGCUGUCUCUUUUUGAGCACUAUGAUGUUUGCCAGGUUGGCUGCUAUUUGAAGACCCCUAGGUACCCAAUUUGGGUCGUGUGCAGUGAAAGCCAUUUCAGUGUGCUUUUUUGCUUGAGAAGGGACUUACUAGGUGACUGGAAAACGGAAAGGAGAUUUGAUCUCUAUUACUAUGAUGGCCUGGCCAACCAGGAAGAGGAAAUACGAUUAACAGUUGAUACAGUUCAGCCUUACACUGAAGAUAAAGAAAAUGACCUUAUUCCUCCACUUGAGCACUGUAUAAGGACGAAGUGGAAAGGAGCCGUUAUUGACUGGAAUGGCACAGAACCCAUCUUGUGACUGAACUGAAAUGAAAGGAAACCAGUAGAACAGCACGCUCUUAUUCUCACCAGUAAGGAAGCAGGGCAAAACUCCUGGCCGCUUUUGCAAUGUGUGGUGAAGCUGAGUGACACGCUGCGUGCAGGCAGGUGGGAAGAAUUUCACCUUGCGCUUCAGAUAUUCCAUCCAUUGUGUAAACAUCAUUUACGUAAAUUCUCUCUCACUUCCUUUUAUGCACAAUGUGUGAAAGUAGACAGAACCUCCACUGCCAAAAAAAACUUUCAGACAAAGCAGUAAAGCUGUCAACUUCUACUUGAGUUCCAUUGCUGGGUUCAUUCUGCAUCUUGCAAGUUUCUCCAAAGAUCAGACAAAAGAAGCUGCACCCAGAUUUCUUUGACACUGGUUUUUCCUUCCUCCCCCUCACAGCCUCCGCCUAAGGAAACCAAGGUACAAACAUGAAUCACUGCUAGAGAAAGAAGUUAUCUUCUUUCACUAGUUUUUGUAGUUCAGACUUUCCAAUGAACUGGUUGUUAACACUGUAGGCACUUGCAAUAUGGUCUGGACUACACACAGUUUUUGUACUAGUGUAACUAGGUGGGGAUAUAAUAUUUACUGAUAUCAUUAUACUGGUACAAGCCCUAGUGUGGAAUCCAGUUAUACCAAUAUAAGGGUCCCUGUACCAGUAGAAUUUAUUCCUCUUCCUGUACAGGCGACUAUAUCUAUAUUAUGAACAUCUGCAGCCAUAGCUAUGUCAGUCUGAGAUUUGAAGAGGGAGAUCUCUGACCAACAUAGCUGUGCCAGGAGAAGCUCCUAGAGUAAAUACAGCAAUACUGGUAACACUUUGCUUUUACUGAUAUAGCUUGUUUCACGCAUUGGGGGGUGGUUUUACUAUAUCAGGACAAAGUGCAUCUAUGCUAACACAGCUGCAUCUACACUUGAGAUAUCUCUACACUACUGAGACUAUGGGUUUGUCUUCACUAUGGAGCUAAAUCAGCGCUGCUGCAAUCGAUGCAGCAACAUCAGUUUAGUGGGUCUAGUGAAGACAUGCUCAAUCUGUGGGAGAGCGCUCUCCCAUCGAUUUCUGUGCUCCACUUCAAUGAGAGGCGGAAGCAAUGUUGGCAGGAGAGUGUCUCCCAUUGACAUAGUAUAAUGGGGGCCCCGCGGUAAGUAGAUCUAAACUACGUCUUCUUGAGUUACGCUACUAAUGUCACUCAAAUGGCAUAUCUUAGAUCGACCGUCAGCGUUAGUGUAGACCUGCCCUAAAUUGGUAUAGCUAUGUCGGCGUACCUAUGCCACCAUAGCCAUGUAGUGCAGACACAGCCUAUUCUGACAGAAGAAGUUUUUCUGUUGAUGUAGGAACACCACCUCCCUGAGCAAAGUUAA